GUAGUGCCAGUGGCCUCGCGGAAUACGGGACGACUCCAAGCGUAUGGAUUAUUGGUAUACCUGCUCUUAUGCCUCAGAACUCUCCUCGAUCCUAUGAUACGCAUUGGCGCAACAGUUUACGACCUCAAACCUCCCCUUUCCAGUUACUCUGCAGGGCAUAGUACAUCCAAGAUUUACCCUGGAUAACUUGGGCAGAACAAAUCCCGCCUCCGUCGUCAACUCACAGUCAUUGCAUCGCCGAGUUCGUACCUUCGUGCCCAGGGUUACAAUUGUAAGUCCGCAUAAUAAGCCCGUAUGUGGGUCAAUGUACUGUGCCAUGCUUCACACAUUACCUCGGCUUUGUUUUACUUGGACGCUGCAACCUUGGUACGGGUACUGGAUGCGAUGUGUUGGCAGCUACUCCGUUGCGUAAAUACGCAUCUGAUCCCCUUGGUCGUUCUCCGCUUCGUCAUGAUCUCGUUUCGAGGACUAGAUUCUCCUACGAUAGGUACGGAAAUGUGCGGUGAUCGCCACGACAGUCUCUCUGCGCUUGCUUAUCCGGACCACGUACGCAUAUGGCCACUCGGACUCUGCAUGGAUUUUGAGGUGUAUAAAAGGGCGCCUCGUUGGAACCAUUCUCAAAACACAUUCGACACAUCUUCUCCGCUCACCAAACCUUACUAUAUCAAUCUUUGCCAUGUUCGCUUCCAAGGGUCUCGCAUUUGUCGUCCUCGCCGUCGCUACCAACGCUGCUUCCAUCACCGGCACCCAGACCGGUACUGGAUACUACCACUCCUCGUCCGCGUCGCCGCCGCUUGCGGAAUUGUGAGUCAGGACACCGACCUGGUCACCUCUGUCGCCACCAGCGUCUUCGACAAGUCACUUUGCAACAAGGAGAUCAACGCUUCCUACAAUGGCAAGAACGUUACCGUCAAGGUGACCGACAGUUGCAACCCCUGCUCGGCAGCCGAUCUCGAUUUCUCGCCGUCCGCGUUCGAGAACAUCGCGCCGCUUUCCGAUGGCAAGAUCAAGGCCAUGCACCCCGCCUUGGACAUCGUCGAGCUCCUUCGGCACAUCUUUGGUUACUUGAACGAGGACUUUGAUAUAACAUCUGGCUGCGUCAAUGGGCGCACUCUCUCCGCACUGGCAAGGACUUGUCAAACGUUCAAGGAGCCCGCCCUCGACGCACUCUGGGAAAACCUUUCCAGCCUUGACCCUCUUAUCAAAUGCCUUCCCGAAGGAUCGCAAAAACUCGUCGAAUUACCGCGUUUAUAUCAAUGGGUGUUAGCAGAGGCGCCGAGGUUCAGGCUGGCAUUCUCACAGCCCUUGACCGGUGCAGACUGGUUGAUCAUUCGAAACUACGCUAAUCGCGUACGUGGUUUCUACAUGACAUCGCUUGAUCUGGAUUAUCUCGAUGUUCUGUUGGAGCUCAGCCUUGGACCAUCCGAAAUGCUUCCUCUCUUCCCCAACACGAGACAUCUGGAAUGGACAGUCACGCAUACGCACUUUCGGCCUUACAUGCGGAUGUUCCUUCCAAGCACCCUUGAAUCACUUCGGUUCGCGAUUAGCUCGAACAGCGGCAGGGGAGAUGCUUCUAUCCUUGCAGCUAUUGGAUCGCUAUGUCCUUCCCUCAAGAAGGUAGACGUCGACUUCUCCAAAAAUGUCGAGGGCGGCCUUGAAGCUUUCUCCCGGUCAGUUUGCAACUGGAAGCAUCUGGUCUCGCUGCGCUGCAUGGACAUCACAGAUGCGGCGUUAGCUCAUGUCGCAGGCUUAUCGGCACUGCGGGAUCUAUCCGUUACACUACCCCCGGUGACGUCCUUUCGUGCCAUCAGGUCUCAGAUCGAAGGGAACGCAUUCGAGAACCUACGCGCGCUCGAAAUGAGAGCUGAAAGCUUAGACGUCUUUGUUGCGCUUGCUUCAGAGAUGACGUUGUCUCUGGUAGAUACCAAACUCAUGAUCGUCGAUAACGGAUGUUCUGAAAGCGCUAAGGACGCUUUCAUGGUGCUCUCAAACAGCAGUCGUCCUCUUUAUAGCCUGAAGAUCCAUGGUUGGGGUGACGACACAUUUAUUCCCAUGCCGUUGAACUCCUCCCAGCAUAUCCGCGGACGGACUGUGACAAUCUCAACGUUUCGGCCGCUGUUCAAAUUCGGAGAACUCCGCAUUCUUGACGUCGACUUCAAGUGCUCCACCGUCUUCACCAAUUCCGACAUCAUAGACCUUGCACGCUCAUUCCCUCUCCUAGAGAAAUUGUCCCUCAAUGUUGAACACGGGUGGGAGGUGCCGUCUGCGAUCACGUAUUCCGGCAUUUUCUCUGUAGCUAGUAUCUGCCCGCAUCUACAGGAUCUUGGCGUCGAGUUUGACGCCACAGGAACGGAUCAAGCAGAGCUUUUGCUUGACACAUUUCCAGAGGAUGAGCAGACGCAAGUGUCGCCCAACGCGAACAUCAAGUUCCUUGGGGUUGCAAAUUCGCGGAUCGAAGACGUAAUCGCGACGGUAAAGCUGCUACUCAGAUUCUUCCCGAAUAUCGAACAUAUUCACCAAUGGUAUCCUCCGUUCACGGUCGGAAGUGGGUUCCCUGACUGGCUGAGCCCGGAUUACAGCGAGUUUAUGAGGCGGUGGGGGAAGGCUGGGGCGGUUAUUACGCGACUUCGCGCACGAAAUCCUGCCAGUGCGGACGGAGACGUUGAAAUCGAGGACCUGAUGCCCACUGAUACAGAAGUCAACGUAUACGAUGACGACGAUGAAGAAUCUGUGGAUUUCGAGGGUGAUGACGACGGCGCUGAACUCAUGGACGAUUUUGAAGAGGGAGUUAGCGAUGAAGAUGCAUUUGGAGAAGUGAUUUAUGAUGAUGAUGAAGUCAAGGUUCCAGAAGACGAGGAAGAACAACUAGAUGAUGAAGGCGUAGAUGAGGAGGCUGAUAUCGAGGACGAGCCUGAAAGCGAUGAUCCGGGGGACUCGGAGGAAGAUUAG